GGCGCAGGAAACGUCAUCAUUGUGCGCAGCUGCCUUCUUCUCUGAAUGUGUUAUAAUUCGACGGUUAGCACGAUGAGCUAAAAUGUUAUCAGCAGAUCCUUGCCAGUUUUCGACAAAUGACCAGGUUCCCUUUGAGACUUCAGUGCUUUCGCCUGAGAAGCAGCAUGAAGUUGCAGAAAUCCACCCAUCUGCGCCACUGAGCGGUAAACAACGGCGGGCCUGUCUGAAAAGGGAAAGAAGGAAAAGAAAACGUCAAGCUCUUGCUAAACUCAGAGAACGUGAUAGUGCUGAUCAGUUUGCAGUUGAGCAAGAUCAAGAUGAUGAUGAUGAUGAUGAAAAAGCGGGUGAAGAGCAGAGAGAGCGAGAGCGUUUACACCAGGAAUGGCUGGAGAGAGAGAGAAUUGCUCAAGAGGAAUUUAAGCUGAAGAAAGAGAAAGAAGAGGCUGCUCAAAAGAAAAAGGAGGAUGAAGAGAGGAGGAUCAGGGAGGAAUGGGAGGAACAGCAGAGAAAGGAAAGAGAGCAGCAGGAGCAGAAGCAGCAAGAGAAGAGAGACAGAGAGGAAGCUGUACAGAAACUCUUGGAUCAAGCAGAAAGCCAGUUGGAAAAUGGAGGCUCUUGGAAAAACCCUGAUGCCCCUGUGGAUUACGGGACUGAAAAGGACAAGGCAAACUGCCCCUUUUUUAUCAAAACUGGAGCUUGCAGGUUUGGAGACCGGUGCUCCCGAAAACACGAUCACCCAUCAUCGAGUAGCACCCUGAUGAUCCGGGGUAUGUUUGUGACCUUCGCCAUGGAGCAGAGCAGACGUGAUGACUACGAUACAGAUGCGAGUCUGGAGUACAGCGAGGACGAGACUCGGCAGCAGUUUCUAGACUUCUACGACGACGCUCUUCCAGAAUUCAGGAGCGCUGGCAAAGUUGUGCAGUUCAAGGUGAGCUGCAACUUCGAACCCCACUUAAGAGGCAAUGUUUAUGUGCAGUAUGAUACGGAGGAGCAGUGCAAAAAGGCUUUUAUGAUGUUUAAUGGACGGUGGUAUGCAGGGAGGCAACUGCAGUGCGAAUUCUCUCCUGUGACCAAGUGGAAAAUGGCAAUAUGUGGACUAUUUGACCGGCGCAAGUGUCCAAAGGGGAAGCACUGUAACUUCCUCCAUGUGUUUCAAAACCCUGGUAAUGAAUUCUGGGAGGCAGACCGUGACCUUCAUGUAUCCUCUGAGCGUGGUGGAGUCCGCACCGGAAGGCACAGGGCCUCGUCGCAGCGUGGAUAUAGCCCUGAACUAUCUCGCCACAGACAAGGAGACAGGAGGAGCCACAGUCGUGAGAAGUACAGCCACAGGUGGAAGCGGAGCCGCAGCAGAAGCAGAGAGAGGCGGAGUCGCAGCAGAGAAAGAUGGAGCCGCAGCAGAAGCAAAGAGAGGCAGAGCCGCAGCAGAGAGAGGCGGAGCCGCAGCAGAAGCAGAGACAAUCGAAGGGUUCAUCAUUCUCUGAGAAGGGAAAAAGGUUCCUUAAACGACCGAGGCAGGAGAAGCAGAAGCCAUGAGAGAUGCAGAUCACGUAGCAGAAGCAGAGAAACAAAUUCUCAGAGUGGAAGAUGCCAUUUGCAUGGAGAUCCGAGAACAAGAUCUUCUAGGAGAUCAGAAUCACAUAUCCCUGAAGAGGAAAUGAAAAAUGGCUCUAUUAAAAGAAAGGCCAAGAGGAGCGAAAGCAAAAGCCCCAAAACCGGUGACUGUUCCCCAGCCAAUACCUCCUCACAUCACCACAAACACUCAAAAAAGAGCAAGAAAAAGAAGAAGAGCAAAAAGAAACAAAAGAGAAAGAGGACUAAAUCCAGCAGCGUCAGCUCUUCAGCAGCUUCCGCAAUAGAGUCAGGGGAUGAAGUUGAAGAGACACCAAAAAACGAAGCUAAUGAAAACACAGAAAAGGCUGAGGAGGAGGCUGAGACUGACAGGAACCUCAUCUCAGCCCAAGAUACUGAGGAAAUGAAAUCAACUUCACCUGAAGUCACUGAACCUGCACCUGCCAGCAUCAGUAGUGAAAGUGACCCUGUUUAAUGAGUUCACAGGAAAAGACAUAUUGACUGUAUUGCCAGGUUUUGGCUUUUCUUAUAAGUUCUGA